AUGUCCCCCUUUAACGGCAUCCUGAACAAGCGAGCUUGGAACGCUUUGUACUGGUUCGAGUUUCUCAACCUGUUCGUUUCGAUGCUGCUCGAGCUUACGAGCGUUAUACAGACCACCGCCGAGGGGUCGUUCAUUGACCUCUUCACUAUGGUGCCCUGCGUUGGAUACCUAACACUAGGCAUGGUUAAAUCGUUCAAAAUUACUUACAACCGACCUGUGUAUGAGAAUUUAAUAUCAGAAUUACGUGAUAUGUGGCCACGGAACACGGUGACCGAAGAAGAAUACAAUAUCAUGUAUGCUUCAUGCAAACAAGUAAAGUACGUCUUAAAAGGUUAUUUCUAUUGCAAUAUAGUGCUAGUGUUGUUCUUCGUAGUACCGCCAUAUAUCGUCAUAUUUAGAUGCAUGUUGGGGGAGGAUAUUCCACUAAAACUGGCCUUCUCGUACUGGUUCCCAUUCGACCCUUACCAACACGGGCGGUUCGAAGCUAUAAUUGUUCUGCAAACCUUGCAUUGUUAUCUUAGCGUGUGCCUGAUGUUGAUAGCCGAUCUCUUAUUCUGCAUUUACCUAAAUCAGAUAACCACUCAACUCGACCUGCUUGCUUUCAGAAUAAAGAAAUUGUUCUAUGUACCAAUAGACGAUCAACUCAUCGAAACGUAUCCUCUAGCCAAAUAUACUACUGAACAAAUCAAAGAACAUUUGGAAGCUACAGUUGGUAAUAAAUGGGGAAUAACAUACCAGAACCAAUUAGUGGAAAUCGUUAAAAGACAUCGUGAUCUUAUUAGGUUGUCUACCGACGUGGAGGGCGAAUUCACAUUUGCACUUCUCAUAAAUUUUAUAAACAGCUCCGUUAUUAUCUGCUUUUGCGGAUUCUGCUGUGUGUUCGUGGAGAAAUGGAAUGAAAUCAACUACAAAUUGUUUCUAUCGACUGCCAUUGUACAAAUUUGGUUGCUUUGCUGGUACGGACAGAAGCUUCUGGAUUCUAGCCAAGGAAUUUUCGAUGCAGUUUAUAACAGCGGCUGGUACAACGUACCUCAUAACAUAAAAAGCUCUUUAAUAAUAAUAUUUUAUCGAGCCCAAAAAGAGGUUUUCGUAACUACAUACGGCUUUUCAAUCAUUUCUAUGCGGAGCUAUAGUACGCUCAUGGCAGCUGGUUUGUUUGGGUCGAACAUGGGCGUU